AUUCCUUUCAAUUUUUAAAAGUGAAACCAUUGCUAUUUUCUGUUCAUGAUGUUAUUAUGUUUGUGUACAGCAUAUUUAUGGAUGGUGAAGUUAAUCAAACAUAUUUAACUCUUGACGGACAUGUAGAGUUGCAUAAAUACAGGUAUCUGUAUUUUGUUGUCACACUGACUGUGUACAUUUUUAUUGUUGUUGCUAACCUGACCAUUGUGUAUGUCAUAUGGAUGCAUGAAAACCUCCAUGAGCCCAUGUAUGUUUUCAUYGCCGCUUUGCUUCUGAACUCUGUUGUUUUCAGCACUAACAUCUAUCCAAAACUGCUGUCAGAUUUUCUAUCUGAAAAACAGAUUAUAUCAUAUCCGGSUUGUUACGUGCAGUUUUUUCUCUACUAUUGUUUGGGCGCUUCAGAGUUUUCACURCUGGCAGCAAUGGCCUACGAUCGCUACGUGUCCAUAUGCAAACCUCUGCAAUAUGCAACAAUAAUGGGAAGAACCACAGUGAGYAUUUACUUGAGUUUAGCUUGGCUGGUGCCUGCGUGUCUGAUUGCAGUUAUGGUAGUGCUGAAUGUUAAUGUAAAGCUCUGUAAAUAUAAUAUAAAUGGUAUUUUAUGUAAUAAUUCAAUAUACGGUCUCCACUGCGUAGACUCGAAGGUGCAAACCGUGUUUGGUGCCRUUGUGCUGGUUUUGACUCUGUUGUUUCCUCUGCUUUUCAUAGUUUUUACUUACACUAGAAUAUUUAUCAUAUCCUAUCGMAGCUCUAAAGAAGUCAGAAAGAAAGCUGCUCAGACCUGCUUACCCCAUCUGCUGGUGUUGAUCAGUUUCUCCUGCUUGUGUGCGUUUGAUGUCAUCAUAGCUCGACUGGGAUCCAACUUUACGAAGGUUGUCCAUUUAAUAAUGACUUUACAAGCAGUUCUGUAUCAUCCUCUGUUUAAUCCAAUCAUAUAUGGUUUAAAAAUGAAGGAGAUAUCUAAACAACUGAAAAGGUUGUUUUCUCAAGCUAAAGUAACACACUUCUAAAGUUUCUUAUUAUAUCAACGUGAGAUUAUUUGACACAUUCUUAUACAUUUGUAWUGUUAGUCAUGCAAAAUAAGUAAAUGUGCUAUGAU